AUGUAUUGGCAAGUGAUUCAGUUUGGAUAUCCGCAAUUUCUCGCGAUUAUGAGAAAUGGUAAGCCAUUUGUUAUAAGAAAAAACGGUUUACACGAGCAAUGGUACAGUGUCACUCACCUGAGAUAUGACAUUGCCAAAUUACUUUUCACAGAUACUGAUGGCAGAGAUUAUAACUACUUAGAGUGUGACGUAGAAUUGUAUGAAUUGAUUGUUGUAUUUACAUUUGGGUUUAAGUGUAGGAAGGUCUGGUUUGACGGCAGAUUAUGCUGGAGAUUACCUUCCGAUGCUAAGGAAUUUCCUAAAUAUUUAGCAUUUCACCUGAGAUAUAAUCAAAUGUAUCUUAUGUUCUCUAAAUUGAGGAUGGAGAGACUGGAUUUGGAGAAUCCUCAAGCCGGUGCUGUGGUAGAACGUCCAGUGUCUCUAAAAAGAAGAGUUCAAAAAGAUAAGAAAACAGUUAAAAAGGCUAAAAAAGUGUGUAAUAGAAAGUUAACUACACCUAAAACUUCUAUUGAACCCAGUGUAGAGGAGGUGGACGGUGGCUCCACAAGCCUCAAUAUACCCAGGCAAACUGAACCACUUAGGAUUGAGUCUACACAGUUACAAUCUCAAAAUUGUUCAACACCUCAAGAAAUGCCAUUAGAAAGUUCUAAUUUACUCAGUGAAAGGGUUAGAAUUGAUAUAUUUGGAAAGAAUGACAGGGACAUACUGAGGUUGUUCCAGGAAAACUGGCACAAAAUUAUCUUAUGUAAUGGGUAUAAUUCGACUUCUAAUGGUAACAUUUACCGUUACAAGCUUGAUAAAAAGUUCCUGAGCAAGAGGUUUAGAAGGAAUUGUGUUAGAAAACUUAUUGAAUCAAUUGACUUCUACAGGGAAGAGAAGAUUAUUGUCCUGGGAACUCUCAUCAAAUUCUCUUUGUACAAGCUGGAAAACAAUGAGUGGACUAAGAAAGAGUAUGAUAUUCCACCGAUAAAACUGUGCAGACGGGGAUAUUCCAGAAUAUUUGACACAUUGUCCCGUGACCAAUACAGUGUCGAGUUAACUAUGGUAGGAGGUAUAAAAUUGGUAUUUAGAGUAAAAGAGGGUGUGAAAUGUGUCGAGGUAAAGUUCGGAAGUCGUCCUGUAUGGAAGAAUAAUUAUAAAACCACAAACUUUAUCAGGACUCUGGUGUACAACCUGAGAGAUAAUAGCAUGUUAGUGGAGAGUAACAGAUUUGUUAAGUGUACAAAGGUGAAUAAUAAAUGGAUUAAUGAGUCUCAAAUUCCGUUUUAUUUAAAGCAUUACGCUGAGGACUUGGGUGGGUUAAUUCCAGUUUACAUCCACAAUGUUACUCAAAUAACCAACAGACAAAAAUUCGUACUUGACUAUCAAAAUGUGAACUUUGACCUUAUUAAGUACCGUGAGAAAAUCAUUUGGAGGCGUCAGCCAGGUCAGUCAAUUCCCCAAAGUGUAAAAUGUUACCUUGGAUAUGCCAUCAGAUUACAUUUCCGAUUUCAGCGUAAAUUUACUUAUUACGUACUGAAAGGAGAUGAGCUUACUGAGGAACACUAUCCAAUUCCACCAAUCAGACUACUUAAUGAAAAUGGUAUGGGUAACAUUGUCACACUAAGUUCCGAAGAUUAUAGUGUACAACUUAGUGUCAGGGGUGAUGUUAAAAUUGUUUAUACUCUCACAAACGGAGUGUGUACCCUUGUUAAAUACGGUAAAAGAGUAAUUUGGAACUGUAUAACUGGUGAGAAGCCACUCAAUGUUUUUUACACCAUAGGUAGUGGAAGAAUUGAGAUCAUUUUCGAGGAUAAAAUUCUAUUUACCGAUUCAAAAAAUCCCAACUCUAUUGUACAAACCAUCGAAAUUCCGCCUGAACUUACCUUACACAAGAGAAAUGAACGGGGAGAAACCGUACAACUCAGUCCUCUAGAGUACAGAGUCCAGACAUGUUCUGAAUCUGGAUUGAGAUACACUCCUAGUAACGAUGUUAUCUGCACUGAACUUAGACAUAAUGGGACAGUAGUCUGGAGCCACACUGAAGGAGACCACAAACCCUUAUCAUUCAAUUAUUACUUUAAACAAAUGAAGAUAAUUUCCGUUACGUUCCACUCUAAACCUUCAAUACAGUAUGAACUUCAACAGGAUCAAUGGACUCUAACCAACUCUUAA